AUGCCCCCAUUACCAGGUGCUGAGUUGGUUCGUACGCCAGUUCACCUGUACCGUUACCUUCUUAGAUGUUGCAAGCAAUUGCCAACCCGAGCAAUGCAGCAACAUUAUCAACAUGCUAUAAGACAGGUAAAGUCUAUUAGAGUUGUUACAGCAUAGGCUACUGCAUCAUAUAAUGUAUAACUUAGACAUAUCUGAUUGUAUUGCAUGUUACAAAAAGCUAGAUUAUAAUGGCCAAGCUUGGUCAACAAUUAUUUUUUGUAUUAUUUGUAUUAUUAUUGUAUUAUUUAUCAAACUAGGGUUACAAUAGUCACACAGACGAAGACGAUCCUGAGAGGAUUCAACUGAUCAUACAAAGAGCUAUAUCAGAUGCAGAUUGGAUUCUCGACAAA